AUGAGCUUGAAGACCCGAAAACAUGGAAAAGAAGUCAAAAGGUCGCAAAAGAAUGGAUAUGCUGCAAGUAUGCGGCUGCAUAAUUCACAUGCGGACAGCACAAUUCAGAUGGUGAUUGCAAAUAGGGACAAACUUAUUGGCCAAAUGAAGAAGAAAAUAUGCGGUCCAUUAUGCGGAUCUAGAGAUACUGAGGAGUCUGAUGAGGGGGAGUCAGGAGAUGAGGAGACGGAUGAAGAAGCACUGGGUGAGGAUACUGAGGGUCAUCAAGACAAGGGCAAGCAGGUUGCUGUCUCUACAAGGGCAGAGGAUGAAGAGGAAGCAGCUGUGCAAAUAGCAAUUGCACAUUCGCUAGCAGAUAUGGUCACCAAGGCACAUCCAUCGACCACUCAGCCAUCACCGGGCGAGGCUAGCAGCUCCCAGGCCCCAGCUCCAGCCUUACAGCUGGUGGAGCUUCCUGCUAUACCCUCAGAGCAGUUGGAGCCUCUUGCUCCAGCCGUGGAGGAUACUACUCAGUCCGAGGUUCCACCAGCUCCAAUUUUACUACCAGCAGCCAAUCCCACAACUGCCCUAGAUUCUUCAGCUUCCCCGAGCGCCUAUUUUGGUCCUCCUAUUCGCAUUGAUGUUCCUUCAGAUGAGGAAUCUGGAGAUACUGAGGAGUCCGAUGAGGGGGAGUCAAGAGAUGAGGAGACGGAUGAAGAAGCACUGGGUGAGGAUACUGAGGGUCAUCAAGACAAGGGUAAGCAGGUUGCUGUCUUUACAAGGGCAGAGGAUGAAGAGGAAGCAGCUGUGCAGACAGCAAUUGCACAUUCGCUAGCAGAUAUGGUCGCCAAGGCACAUCCAUCGACCAUUCGUCCAUCACUGGGCGAGGCUAGUAGCUCCCAGGCCCCAGCUCUAGCCUCACAGCAGGUGGAGGUUCCUGCUAUACCCUCACAGCACUUGGAGCCUCUUGCUCCAGCCGUGGAGGAUACUACUCAGUCCGAGGUUCUACCAGCUGCAGUUUCACUACCAACAGCUGAUGCCACAACUAUCCUAGAUCCUUCAGCUUCCCUGAGCGCCUAG